GGGGAUCCUCUUGGCCCCGCCCCCCGGGGCUCCCCCGCCACGUGACCGCGGACGUGGCUGCCUUGUCAGGGGGCGAUGCCCAGUAGGAAGCGGAAGCGAUUUUGGAACGUGGAAUGCACAUCCUUCCCAGAUGAGACACCCCUACAGCUGAAAAAGUCAAAUGUCAGGACAUCAGGGGCUGCUACUUCAGUUUCCAAUGCGUGGCUUAGGUGUGGGGAUGGUUUUCAGAGCACUUCAGUGCAGGAGUCCCUGAGACCUACUGAUAAGAAAUCCAGGAUUAAGAAGCAUCUUGGAGCACUGUUAACAUCUGCUGAAUGUGCAGGAGGAUCUGCUGCUGCUGAAAGCUCUAAGGAAGCUGAGGGCAUAACAUGGACCUCUAGUGGCAGCGAUUUUUCAGACGAUGGAAAUAAAACAUUGGUUCCAAGGUUACAGACCAAAAAAAAUCAUGCUUCCGAAAUAGAGGAUUUGCCUAGCAGUCAUGAGGACAGAAGCAAUGAAGAUGACUUGGAGUUCAUUGACUGGGAGCAGGAUAGUGAUUCCACCGACAGGUGUGAUGGAUCAGAAAAAGACAAUAGCUCACUGGAGAUAUCAGACUCAGACUCCUGCACAAAUCUUAAUUCUUUGCGUGUCAAAGAGGAGGAUGAUGGGAAUGAUGUGCUUUGUAAGCGUGGAUUUCAACACAUUUUUGUGCGGGUGCCAGGAACACUGUGUUCUGUUAAGUCACGGGGUGACGUAGGGUGCUGGCCGCCCGCCAACCUGGGUCAAGUUCAUUCAAAUCAGUUUCAGUGGCGGCUCCCGCUGCCGGAGCCCUGUCAGUCCUGCCUUUCCAUGACAGCUUUGACAGAAAUUUCUGAGUAUUCAUCCGAUAAUGACAGCGUGGGAGAAGGAGGGACUGGCCUGGUGACCACUACUCCAGGAUCCACUAAGAGCUUACAGUCGAGGGCAGGAGUGGACACCGGGGAUAUUACAGCACGGCCGGCCAGCGAGUGGCUGAGGUCUGCAGAGGCCCUUCUUAGCACCCCCAGAAAGCAGGCGGGCAAAGCCCCCCGAGCCCUCACCGAGUCUGUGAAGAAGAGGAAGCUGCUGAGGGGCGGACUAGCUGAGAGGUUAUGUCAACUGCAGAACAGAGAAAGAUCUGCCAUUAGCUUUUGGAGGCAUCAGUGUAUUUCAGAUGCUAAAAUCCCCUCAGAUAAAUCUGGUGUCUUAAUUGUGAAGAUAUUAGAAAUGCUUGAGGAGUGUACAAUACAAGUUGCCAUCUGCCAGCAGCUGGAACAGUCUCCUGAUAGUAUUUCAUCCAAGGAUGCUGUCAUCAAUGCAAGAGAACCAAUACUCAAAGUCCUCUUUGCAAGAGAGACAGCAGCUCACCUGAAGAGCAGGCCACAGGAUGUCAUCCACAUCUACCCUCCGUGGCAAAAACUGAUUCUCAGAAAUGCGGAUGUUCCUGUUAUCAUGAAUACAUAUUUUAGUGAGAAGGUGCUACCCAGUGAACACUCAGAAACAAGAGAGAAGACAUACGGUCUUACAAAGAUGCUUAUUAGGAAGAAUAUUAUAUCUUUGGCAGAGGUGUUCAGGCUCGAUGACGUUGAUGAUGAGUCACACGAGCAAACUUCAGAUAAUCAGGUCGCUUGUGCUCCACAAAUCUGUAACAACUAUGAUUCGGAAAAGCAUCCCUUAGCACAGAGUGCUGUUAAUGAUUCUCUGCUUGAAAUGGUGGAAAGCCAGGGAGCAGUGGGUUGGAAAGAAGCGCAUGUACGAGUCGUUAUCCAAAGGGUGUACUGUUUGCCUGCAAGAGGUUAUGGAAGCCACGUUCAAGGAAACAAGCCUCUUUGUGCAACACCCAUCAUAAAUUCAGAUCCACCAAAUGUUAGGUUGUGCCUCCUUGUCCAGGAUGCCUAUGGUAUGUUCAGUGAAGUGCAGUUGCAGCCCCUGAAUUCUGUGGAUGACGUUGAGCAGUAUUGCAGGAGAUGGGAAGGAAAAUUCUGCUGCUUAGCUGGAAUGAAAACUUUGCAAAGAACUACAAGAGGAAGGGCAUUAGGACUUUUUAGUCUGAUAGAGAGUCUGUGGCCUCCGGUAGUGCCUGUAAAAGUUCCUGGACAAAGUCAAGAGUCUGAAGCGAUGACAACUAAUCUUGCUCCUCCCAGCUUCUGUUAUAUUCUUACUGUUCAGUCUGGUGAAGUACAUGUGGAAGUGGAUGAGGAAGAACAGAUUUCUAAUUUGUACCAGCCACCAGCUGUUCAUGGUUUAAAGGAAAUUCUUCGGAUGGACGGUUGUAAUAAGCGUUGUAGCUUUUGGGCGCAAGUGCUAUAUCUAAGGCUGCAGACAAAGCAGAGAGUUCCAAUAAAUCAAAGAGAAAUUUGUUUGUUUGUGACUGACUCGACAUUGCAAAAUGUGGUUCAUAUGAUUCCAAAAGUUGUUGCCGUGUCAGUCGCUGCCUCGUGUGUUCUCAGUGCAGAAAUCACAGAAGCCCUCAGUGUUACCUCACAGCUUGUCUUCUUCAAGGAUGCACUGUGGGGAAAUGGUAGGAUUAUUUGUGUUGAACGUACUGUUCUCUUAUUACAAAAGCCUCUUUUGUACUCGGCUGCCGUUGCUGACCUCAGUGAGCUGACUGGCCCUGUCAGACUCGAUGAGCUGGAUUCUACAACACAGGCCAACUCCAUUUGUGCUGUAAGAGGUACUGUUGUUGGAGUUAAUGAGAGCACUGCUUUCUCCUGGCCUACCUGUGACAGAUGUGGCAAUGGAAAGUUGGAACUGUGUCCCCAGGACAGAGGAUUGCUGUAUUGCAGCCAGUGCUCUGAAGUUGUCAUUUCACCAGUUUUGAAAAUGCAGCUGGAAGUCUUCUUGAGUUGUUCAUCCCGACCUCAAAGUACAGUAAAAGUGAAGCUGUUACAGAAGACAAUCUCUUCCCUCCUGAUGUCCUCUGCCAGUGAGAAUGGGAGUUAUGAGGUGCAGAGCGUGCUGGGAAAGGAGGUGGGGUUAUUGAACUGCUACGUCCGCUCCGUAACCAGCCACCCCAACUGCAUUGCACUGGAGGAAAUUGUUCUUCUGGAAGCAGCAGCAAGACAUUGAGUUGAACUCGUCAGCUAUUAUAGUAUCUGUGGACUUUGUAAUGUGGUUAUCUGUUAACUAGUGCCACCGAUAAUGUAGAAAGCAAGCAUGAUAAGUAUUCAGAUAGUUUAUUAAAACUGCGAUUUACAAAGCACAUUGUGUGAAUCCUGGAGAAGUACCUAUACAAAAGAAAUCUGUUCAACUUUCUGUACUCUGCUUUUUUGGAUCAGUUCAGCAUUAAGGAAUACCAUUCUUCGGUGUGUUCACUGUUGAUGUGUGG